AGCUUUACCAUCAGAUGAUAUUCCGACUCAGUACAGCAUGGUGGCGCAGCUGGAGAAAGACAGGGAGGGAGGCGGAAGAAAGGCUGGGAACAAGAAAGAAAAGGAUCAGAGCUGGAUUCCCAAGACCAUCAAGAAAAGAGUGUGCACAACUUUUGUUGAAAACACUUUGAGUAACAGUGGGCUCUGUCAGUGUGGUGGGGUGCAAGAAUUGCAUGACUCCGUGGCAACAGGAGACUACUUCGGAGCAGCAAUUGUUACCCAGUGGGACAGCCAGCAGCACUCGUCUGAAUAUCCCACAGAUGCUUUUGGAGAGUUGGAGUUUGCUGGAGCUGGACGCAGACAAAGCCAUUUUCUGCGGCUAUCAUGUGACACACCUCCACAGGUCAUCUACACUCUGAUGACAGAACAUUGGGGCUUACCCUCCCCCAACCUCGUGGUAUCAGUGGUGGGAGGUGAGGGACAUGAGAAGAUUAAGCCGUGGGUGAGAGAUAUCCUAAGAAAAGGGCUGGUUAGGGCUGCACAGAGUACAGGGGCAUGGAUUUUGACAGGGGGGCUGAAAGAGGGUGUUUCCCGGUGUGUAGGAGAGGCUGUGAAAGACCAUGGGGCUGCAGCUUCAACUGUGUCCCAGAAAAAAGUCACUGUGAUUGGCGUGACAUCUUGGGGUCUGGUACACAACAGACAGCAGCUUGUCAAUGCCCAGGGAAGUUUCCCAGCUCGUUACCAUGUCCAGAACACAGCAAAUGAUACAUACUGUUUGGACAACACCUGCCAAGCAUUCCUCUUGGUGGACAAUGGGAGUAUUGGCCAGCGAGGUGGAGAGACAGUCUUUCAACUUAAUCUGGAGGACUACAUUUCCCAUCAGCGCACAGGCAUCUGGGGUAGUGGCAGUAUUGAAAUUCCUGUCAUUUGCAUGCUUAUCUCAGGAGAAACCAGAAUGUUGGAGAGAAUAGACACAUCCCUCAAAAAAGCAACGCCCUGGUUGGUUCUUGCUGGUUCUGGUAAGGCAGCAGAUUUCAUCACUGACUUAUCAGCAAUGGUCUUCAGCCCUACCCCUCCAGCAGCAAAUGGGGAGGCUGGCAAGAGUGUCAGCGCAGAGUUCUGUGACUGGGUUUGUGAGAAGGCCCGGAAACACUUCCCAGCUGAGGACGAGUUGGAAAAACUGGUCAAUACUGCUAUGAGUAUUUAUCAAAGGAGAGAUCUCAUUACUGUUUUUCAUGGAGAGCAGGAGGGUUCUGAUGACUUCGACACAAUUCUCCUCAAAGCCCUGGUGAGAGCUAGUAAACGUUUAACCAGUAUGGCCAGUGAGUACACAGAGGAGCUAAAACUGGCUGUGGCCUGGAAUCGAGUAGACAUCGCAAAAGCUGAGCUCUUCAAUGGAGACAUACAGUGGAAGUAUGAGGACCUUGAGGACUCCAUGACAGAUGCUUUGAUCAAUAAUAAGCCCCAGUUUGUGCGUCUCUUCUGUGAUAAUGGUCUCAACAUCCUGAAUUAUUUGACAAAUAAUCGCUUGGAGAGCUUGUAUCGCUCACUGUCAGAUAGCUUGCUGGCAUACAUUCUACUCCAGAGGCGUCUGAGUGAGAGACAGAGCCUGGCUGGAUCUCAGCUCUCUGUGGACAGAGCUGCACCAGGUGCCAUGGAGACUUUCCAUAUGGAAGUAAACACAGGUGCUUCAGCAAAGGAUCUUAGUUUGUUUGAGGUAUCCCGCCUGCUGCAGGAUCUCUUAGGUGAUGUCUGUGAGCCUUUCUACUAUGGAGCUCUGGGUCUUGACCCCAGGAUGGGCACUAGAAGAGCACUGAAGCAAGUCAACAAACUCCUGCAGGGCGAAUGUAUAUAUAGCAACCAGUGCUGCCUCUCACCCUGGGCAGCUCUCUUCAUUUGGGCUGUUUUACAGAACCGCACUGAAAUGGCUAUAUACUUCUGGGAAAUGGCAGGGGAGUCUGUGCUAAGUGCUCUUGGUGCCUGUAAGAUUCUGAGGGAGCUUUCCAAACUGGAGAAUGACUCAGAGAACAAGCUGGCCAUGAAACAAUUGGCACAGAGGUUUGAGAAGCUGGCAAAUGAUGUAUUUGGUGAGUGUUACCAAAGCAGUGAGAGCCUCUCCUUCACACUCCUUAUAAGGAAGUCUCCUGUGUGGGGCGGGGCUACAUGUCUGGAGAUGGCCACGGCAGCCGAUGCCCGACUGUUCUUCAGUCAUGAUGGUGUUCAGUCUCUGUUGUCUGAGAUAUGGUGGGGUGACAUGGAGAGGUCUACCAAGGUCUGGAAGCUGAUUCUCUCUUUCCUCAUGCCUCCGCUCAUCUACACCAAUCUGAUCAGCUUCAGGGUACCAGAAGAGGAGAUCAAACCUUGUCCAGUUCAUCACAUCAGAGACAAUGACAGCGUAGAGGGGAAUGAUGCCACUGUCUUGUCCAUUUCCGACAUCAUACAAAACUGCAGUGAGGAAGACAUGGAGGAAUUGAAGACCCUGAAGGAAAAAUUAAAAGACUCCAUGCAGACUAAUUCCAAAAGACCGUUUAUCGUGUCAAGGUGGAGGCAGUUUUGGUAUGCCCCUGUGACCUCAUUCCUGGGCAAUGUGCUGAUGUACUUCCUGUUCCUUUGCCUGUUUGCCUAUGUUCUGUUGGUGGACUUCAAAAGUCCUCCCCCAGACGGCCCCUCCACUCUGGAAUUGGUGCUUUAUUUUUGGGUCUUCACAUUAGUAUGUGAAGAGAUCCGACAGACAUCUUUGGGGGGCAGUUUAUUUUUGCUCCAAAGGAUGAAGAAGUACAUUCAGGAUGACUGGAACAAGUGUGACCUCACAGCCAUUCUUCUUUUUCUUUUGGCUCUAAUCUGCAGAAUGUUUCCUUGGUCAUUCAAUCUUGGACGAGCUGUUAUGGCCAUAGACUACAUGGUCUUUACACUUCGUCUGAUCCAUAUCUUUGCCAUCCACAAACAACUUGGACCCAAAAUCAUCAUUCUUGGAAAAAUGGUGAAAGAUGUUUUCUUUUUCCUUUUCUUCCUGGGUGUUUGGCUGAUGGCCUAUGGCGUGGCCCAUCAGGCACUCCUCUUUUCAUAUGAUCCCCGGUCUAAGUGGAUUUUCCGCAGAGUGUUCUACAGGCCAUAUUUGCACAUAUUUGGACAAAUCAAUAUUCAUGAAAUGGAUGCCGACAAACUGGAAGAACGGACCUGCACUUACAACCAUUCAGAAAUUGAUGCAGGAGCAGAACCCUGUCUGAGUACCUAUGCAAACUGGCUGGUUGUAAUCCUCCUUGUUAUCUAUCUGCUGUUUACCAACAUAGUGCUGGUCAACCUACUCAUUGCCAUGUUCAGCCACACCUUUUCUAAAGUUCAGGAGCACAGUGACAUCUACUGGAAAUUUCAGCGUUACAAUCUCAUUGUGGAGUACCACUAUAGACCAUGUCUGGCACCACCAUUCAUCAUCUUCUCCCAUCUUCACAUUCUUAUCAAGAGACACAUCCGCCAGAUUCCUUCUGCCAAGAGUCAGCACUUUGCUAUGGAGCUACAAGGCAGGAAGGCAAGCCGUCUGAAUACAUGGGAGGCUGUGCAAAAAGAGAACCUCUUGUCUGCUCAGAAUAAGCAGCAGAGAGAGAGCGACACAUCACGACUUCAGCGGACUUCUGUUAAGGUGGACAGUGUUCUGAAGCAGCUGGCAGAAAUCCGAGACCACGACCGAAGGCUGCGUCUACUUGAGACGCAGCUGAAUUACUGUUGCAGCGCCCUCUCCUGGAUGACUGACGCUAUGUGUCAAAGUAAUGUGAUCACAACUAAUCAGCCUCCUCCACUUCACAAAGAUGUUACGCAACUGUCUACAACCUGAACUUCAGGGCCACAUGCUAAUGCAGAAUUACUUUUGGAUCAUGGGCAUUUUAAUUCUGUGGACCACUUCUGAACACAACAAUCUCUUGAUUAACCCUAGCCAGCGUUCUGGCUAAACAUAAUUAUCUGCUUAAACACUAAUCGUGGGGCUUUUUUUGUAACCCAAAGUCAUGGAUCAGUGAAUGUUUACUUUGUUUUGACUGUCUUUGGACAGUGCACUCAGGACAUUUAUGUUGCAAGAUCUAUAGUUUCCUAUCCUGACAUGUUUUGUUGCAUGAUGUAUCUAUAUUUUCUAUAUGUAGUCUAUAUUUUCUGCUGCUUAAGGGAAAGGCCAGCAUGUAAUCUAACUCUUUUACUUCUUUAAAAUUUGUUUUCAGAGCUAAAUUAUGCACUGGUCUUUGGUCAUUGGAGAGCAGCUAUAACUAGUUAUGCUACCAAAGUUAGCCAUGUAAGAAUAAAUUAAAAUAUUCAUGGUCAUAUAAAAUAAAAUGGGACCAUCUCUGGGUUGUCUGAAUUCAUUAUUGCUUCACUAAAGAAUUUUCUCUACAUGCUGAAAAACUACUUUUAUGUUAAAUAUGUUUCUGGACAGUUUUUUGUGUAUACCCCAGGGGUGUAAAUUAAAAAUUUUCUCCACCAGCCACAGUGACUGGUAGAGAAUUUUUUUUUAUUGGCCACUCAGACAUUUCACCAGCCACUUUUUUUUUUUCUUUCGAUUACAAACCCCACCAGUACAAGUACAAAUGUACCUGUACAGACUAAUUUAAGAUAAAGCAUGGAUACCUUAACAGGGGUGUAGUGCAAUAAGUUCACUUGAAGUAAUUACCAACAGCAAACUUUAACUAACACAACCCGAACAUUCUUGCUAUCAUUUCCAAUGUUGAACAUUUCUGCAUUUUGGCUACAACUCUCCUAGAUAGUAUUAAUUGAAGAUGUGUCAAGUCAUAUACAAACAUUUUUAAAUGGUAUCAAUAGCUGUUUUCUGACUAUUCUAUUUGUUUUCCCUUACUUAUUAUGUAUUGAAAUUCAGAAUUAUUCUUAUUACUAAAAUAUCUCAGAAAGUUUUCAUUAUUAAUUCCAUGGGCCGUCAUCAUUCCUGUGUUAUCACAGUAUUUUUCUGACCGCCUGCUAGCUUAGUGUUGGCUUCCACUUCCCAGACUCACUCACACACACACCUGUCCUCCUGCCUGCUUCAGCUAAUCUGAACUCUUCAUCAAUCUUUCCCUGGUCGCAUCUCUUUCUCUCAUCAUCCUCCUCCGACGAUAAUGAAUCCCCUCAAUCACUAAUUCUCCCUUCUUCUCUACUAUUGAAUCUGCUCCAACAGGUAAAGUUUGCGUUGUAAACAUAUCAGUUAGUUUGACACAUUUUUCUGAAUGGGCUUAUGCACGUUUUAGCUUUUGUUGUCAUGGUUUUUCUGACUCGACCCGUCUCGUAUCCGUACACUUUUUUUCGGAGUCCAGUAGGCUGAAAUGGCGCUAUUUAUAACCUUGUCGGAGAGGGGCGGGCCAAGUGGGACUGAGGGAUUUCAUUGGAUAAGCUCAAUGACUGUCAAUAAAAUCAAACCAUGGGCUGUUGUGGUCAAUAAAAAUUACAUUUAAUAUACUCCUUUUGUUAAAUUAUGGGCCGCCAGAUAUGGACAGUAUGUGCAUCAGUCUGUAGUCCAGACGAUCAGUCCUCCCAUUCUGUUCAGCUACAUUCAGUUUGAACAAAAGUUCAAACUUUUUUUUUGUUCAAAUUGUCAACCCGCCACAGUGACUUGGAUCAGGUGCAUUGCUCCGAUUUAGAUGCCACUUAAUACUUUUACCCGCAUUUGGUCAGUGGCAGGUGCCAAUUUCCAUCUCUGGUGUACCCCAUGAUCACUGACAUGUAUGUCAUCAUAUAUGUGCCAUCAAUUUCAUUACUAUUAUUACUAUUACUAUUUAUACAGAGACAUAUUUUUCUCUAAAUUAAUUUUUAGACUCAUUUUUAUUUUGGACCACAUCAAGAUCAGGAAAACCAGAAAAGACUGUUUGUGGUAAUAAGUUGUUAAAAUAUUGUAGCUCUCGCUGUAUUCAAUGAGUACUUCUUAAAAUUAAAUAUUUAAUAUCUUACAUCACACUGAUGUAAUUUGUCACUAUACAAAUAAAACCUGUUUUAAUUUGACUGAUAAAAUAAUAUUUAAUCAUACAAUGGUUGUCUUUAACUUCUAUUUAUGCAACCCUUUUGAGCCUUGAGGACUUUAUAAAUAGCUCUGGUAGGCCAAAUUUGGUCCAUGAUCCUUGAGUUUGACACCUGUGGACUAAGUAAAUAGAAUCCCUGGGGUUUCCAGACUUUAUUUUCAUCUUCGUAUUUGUAAUGAAGGUCUUCAUUACUUGGAUGAAAACACUUAAAAGGGUGUGUUGAAUGAUUAGAGACAGAUACAGAUUGAAGUAUUUUAUUGUUUGUGUGUUUUUGUGCAGUGGCAUCUCAGCUGGAACUGAUGGUGUCCUGUUAAAAUAAAACAAACAAAUGGAUGGGUCUUGUAACUGAAAUACACUGAAAUGUUUGCAUAGAUGUGGCUUACCUCUGUCUCUUCCUCUGCAGAGUGUUCAGGCUAAAAGAUUCCUCAGAGGCCUGAGCACCUUAUAAAGGUUCUGGAAGAGACCAAUGGAGAUGAAAGAGUGGGAGCGAUAAAACUAUGCAUUUUAGAAGUUUAAUGAUUUGACUUAUAGUUAUAGAAAGGUAUUAUUAGAAAUGAAACUGCUGCUUAAAAAUGAAGAGUGUUUGUUAAUAUUGUGUUGAAGAUUUGGUUGUUUUGUCAAGAUUGUUUGUAUAUAUGUAUUUUGUCCUACCCUGUUUCUUGGUGGGGUUGUUAAUUGGAGCAGCCAGGGACUAUAGGUGUGGUAGGUGUGGUUGCUGCUGAGACCCAUAGCCGUUGUAAGCAGGAUUGUCUAUGUGUUAAAUGUUGGAGAAUAAACACCCGGUUGGUCUGCACUA